AUGCCACAGAAUAAACAAUGUCGAACCAUGUCACUGUUUGUUGGUGUAAUCCUUGUUUCUAUGUUCACCUCAAACUAUAAUGUUCAAGCAUAUUCUCAUAAGAAAAAGUUUAAUAAUGAUGAUCCAAAUGUAAAACUUUUUCGUCAAUUAAUUCGUGAAUUACAAUGGAAUCACAACAGACGAUUAUUCUUCGAAGCUCGAACUGAAGCCCAAGGAGAUUGUACUGCAGAUAUUCUAGAAGGUUAUCAAUGGCACGGACAGGAAUCAAUAAGUUUUCCAGGUGUGGACACCACACAAAGAUGUAUGGACAGUUGUGAUCUUAGUGAUCAAUGCAUUGGAUGGUCUUACAAACCUACCACAAAAAUGUGUUGGGGUUUCAGUUCAGUAAAAGGUGCCAUUAAAGUAGAUGGAGUCAGAUCUGGUUCAUGUGUUGGUACCAAUCUAAAAACGAAAUGCACCGAAAUUCGGGAUGGUCAAUAUUUGGGUAAUACUGUACAAACACUUCAGAAUAUUGCUACAAUAGAAGAUUGCAUGACAAGUUGUGAUAACUUGAACAUUUGUUUUGGAUAUAUAUAUUUGCCAUCCGGGACAACGUGCUAUCUACAGCACAGUGUUGCUGAGUUUGAUGCUGGCGGUGGUUACAAAAGUGGUGCCUGUUUUGCACCACAAAAACGUGUUCGUUUAGCCGAUCCACUCAAAAUAUUUAGAAAAGAUUCAUUAGAUGGUCAUAAUCAAAAACGAAAAAAAACAUUGUAUCAAUUAGCUGCUGCCGAUGUUACACCACCUGUGUAUGAUCUUAGCAAAAUGCAAACAGUCUAUUUUAACAAAGGAGAUGCUGCUCGUCAUGGUACCAGCAUAGUAGAUGGUUUUUAUGAUGAACAUAAAUACUUUAAUUUCGAUAAUCCAGAUUUGACAAUGGUAAGUCAUUUUCCAAAAAUCAUCUGGAAAAGUUCAACAAAAAUGGGUGUUGGUAGAGCAUUUACAAGCGAUAAACAAACUAUGUUUGUUGUUACAACUUAUGAUUGGGAAGGUAGUUUUAUUGAUUCUUACAAAGAUAAUGUGAACAAAAAAUGUGCUUAA